GAUUAAUGCAAAACAAAACUCAGAUUUAUUAUUUCUAUUUCUAUUUAUUUAUGCUUAUUCUGUCAGUUCUGAGUUAAAUUUUAUUGGGAAAUGAGUUGAGUUGAGAGAAUCAAUCAAACAAAACAAAACACAGUGCUCAGUGCCCUUUCUCACAUUUAUUUUGCUCUAGGGUUUCACUUCUGCCUUCCCUCACAGUCACAUUGUUCUUCCCAACUCCUCAGAAGUUGAAUGCAGUUUGGUGAUACGGAGAGAGGUUGCCCUGUCCUGUCGGUGGCUCUGAUCUAUGUAAAUGCUCAAUGCCCUCCUUGUUUUCUGCGGUUCCAUCUUGCAUUUUUGGUAUGACAUUUCCACGAUGCUAUAUGCUUGCUUCGCCAUUUCAUCACUAGUGUCUUCUUGUCUUGGAAGUUGCUAUGGAAUCUAGGGGUUCAACAAGCUAAAUCAAAGAAUAGUUUGUUUCUGAAAGUAAGGUGAUAAAGCAUGGAGUUUUUGAAAAUCAAGAAGUUCAGAAAAUCUCAGAAAGCAGAUGGAGAAAAGGAUUUGGCAGACAAGGCAGUGCCUGAGCCUGAGGAACCAAAGCUGAACACCGACUGUCCUGAUCAGUGUAAAUCAGAAAACGCAGAUUCUGCAGGUGAAGCUGAGGAUGAUGAUGAUUUUAUUACUAAUGAGGUUAAGAGGAGGCUGAAAGAAUUGAGAAGAAACAGUUUUAUGGUGUUGAUUCCUGAAGAAGAUUCCUGCCCGGAGGAAGGGGAGGAGGAAGAGGAAGAGGGAGAGACGAGCUCAAAUGAAUGGAGGGAUGUGGAGGCAGAAGGUCAGCAAUGGUGGCGUGGUUUUGAUGCUGUGUUUGAAAAGUACUGUGAAAGAAUGUUAUUCUUUGAUCGGAUGGGCACUCAACAGCUUAGUGAAGUUGGCAAAGGUUCACAGUAUACUUCAACUCCAUCUCCAAGAUCUGCUUCAAAGAAGCUGGUUUCUCCCCUUCGUUGUCUUUCCUUGAAAAAAUUUGAAGAACCUGAUGAUGAGACUGAACAUCUUCAACAGCCUGAGCAUGACCCCUACCUGGAUAUUGAAACAGCAUAUGUAGGUCAAAUUUGCUUGACUUGGGAGGCACUUCAUUGUCAGUACUCUCAUAUGAGUCAGAAGAUAUCUUGGCAACAUGAUAAUCCUACCUGUUACAACCACAGUGCACAAGAGUUUCAACAGUUCCAGGUUCUAUUACAAAGGUUUAUUGAAAAUGAACCUUUUGAGCAGGGCCGUCGAGCUGAAAUUUAUGCUCGCACAAGGAACAAUUUGCCUAAACUGCUUCAGAUUCCUAAUAUACGAGGUUCAGAUCAUGAAUUGACUGAUGAUUCAGAGACGAGAGUUCUUGCUCCUGAUCUUAUCAGGAUAAUUGAAAGUUCUAUCCUUACAUUCCACCUUUUCAUGAAAAGGGACAAGAAAAAGUCAAGUGGUGCCACCAGUCAGAACCAGCUUGCAACUCCUCUACAACAGAUUCAGUCGACUCUUGAAAAGAAAGUGGCGAAGCUGAAGGAACUGCGCAGAAAGAAAAAAAGUUGGAAGAAGAAUUCUUGGCCCCAAAAGCAUGAGGACAUUCAUCUUUUGCUUGGCCUUAUUGACGUGAAAAUCCUGGCAAGGGUUCUGAGGAUGACGAGGAUGACUAGAGAGCAACUGUUUUGGUGUGAAGAAAAGAUGAAAAAACUGGAUUUAUCAAAUAGUAGGUUAGAAAGGGAUCCAUGUCCCAUCCUCUUCCCUUGCUAGGGAUCAGUGUUGUAUAUCUGAUAGAUAGCUGCUAAUUAUGUAGCAUCAACUUUAGUUCUUUGUCCUUGGGGGUCGAUAAUUGUUGCUAAUACAACUGCUGGUUUUGAAGACGUCAUCAAAUGGGCUUCUAGUAUCAUCGCCCUACAGCUGUUUAGUUUUCUUGGGGAAGAAUUCGGGCUGCUGUAUGACAAUGAGAGGACAAGAAUGUUUUUCUGUUAUCUAAAAUGUAUUCUUGUUCUGUCAAAAUUGUGAGUUUCCAAGUUGCUUUGUGAAACCUCCAAUAUAACAUUGUUGUCGCGAAUUAUUCUUGUUGGUUCCUAGACUCGAUCUAAUGUUUACAUCAAUGCAUCUUAUUUGUCUUAAA